AUGGUUGCUAUUCUGGAGCCUCGUAUUAGUGGCGAUAAAGCGGAUCGGGUCAUCUCUAAGAUUGGGUUCUCUAAUUCUUAUCGUGUAGAAACUAGGGGUUUUUCGGGAGGUAUCUGGCUUCUUUGGGAUGAUUCGUUAUCGGUUGAUAUUGUUGCAACGCACCCCCAGUUUAUUCAUGCUUUGGUGAAUGGUGGUUUUUUUCGAAAUUCCUUUUUUGUUACUGCCGUUUAUGGAAGUCCUCAUAGAACGAAUCAUAUGUCGCUUUGGACCGACCCGAGAAACUACCCGAUGCCUGUUGUGCCGAUAAGUCUAGUGGUGCUAGGCGAGGGAAAGGGUGUCCUCAAUAGUCAAUCCCAAGGUUUUAUUAAUCAACAUAAUCUCCUAGACCUUGGUUUCAAAGGGCCACAUUUCACUUGGUAUCGUGGGGGAGUUUCGGAGCGGCUCGACCGUAUGUUAGCUAAUGAUGCUUGUAAUAGGAGCUUUCCGAGCUCUACUGUUCACCAUGUCCUUAGGAUCAAGUCGGAUCAAGGCCUAUUUUACUUUUCACUCAAGACAGGCACUUAUGGGGACAUCAACGCUUCCAUCAGUAGGCUGACAGAUUCUCUCAAAAUUUGGAACUGCAAGGUUUAUGGGCAUGUCAUUCAGAAGAAAAGAAACCUUAAACUGCAGCUCGACAAUAUUCAAGCUAAUAUUGAUAGGUAUGGUUCUCAUCAUCUCUUUGACAAAGAUCCGGAGAUACGUACUGCUCUUGAGAAAACUUUAAAACAUGAGGAGCUCUUAUGGAAGCAGAAAUCUGGGAGUACGUGGUUAGUUGAAGGGGAACGUAAUACUAAAUACUUUCACAGUAAAACCCUUAAUCAGCGUAAAGACUAUCAGGAGGAGCCUCGUAGCGAUGAGCGUUUUCUCAUCUUGGAGCUUUUCCCCAGCUUUCUUCGGAUGACAUGA